AUGGCUUCAAAAGACGUAGAUAUAAAAAACAAUUGUAAUGUAUCAUGCAGAUGCUCUGGGAAUGCAGGCUUUAUCAGUGCUAAGACAGAGUCAGUUACAGGAGCAGGAAAUUACGGAUAUUGCACUCAUGAGAAGCUAUUCGUAUGGAUAGGUGGUAUUAAGUAUGGCUUACACGAUCUCCAAAUACAAGAUAAUAAAGAACCAAAAAAACUUAAGGAGAAAUACCAUAGACUAGAAGUAGUAACUACUUACUACCACAACUAUGGCAUCGGUGGACUUUUUAUAAAAACUCCUCUACUUAUUGGUGUCAAGAGUACUAAAGGGGGGACUUAUGAAUGGUAUGAAAAUACUGGUACUAAUGGAGAUAACCUGACAUGGAGGAAGAUUUAUAACCAUAGUGGAUUUCCUAACAGUGACACGGAUCUUGCUAAUCCCCAGUUCAAGAAUAAGCUAGAUGAGCUUGCCUGUAGACUACAGAAUAUUGUUGAAAUAAAUCUCUCCAAAGAUAAAUAUGAGGUAUAUUGUCAUCAUAACCAUGAUCCAGGGUAUAAGAAUAGGAUAAGAGUUAAACUCAAUCCUGAUACAUUCCACUUCCCUAAGUAUGUCACAUUUGAGCAUACCCCAAACUCAGGAACUGAACUAACUAUAGGUGGAUUUAACAUUGGAAAUAAUCAACAAAAUGUUGCUGGACUAAAUUUCCCCUUUAAAGCGACUAGGAUUACAGUAUUUAUGCCAACAUGUGAUCAUAACAAGCCCUUCCUGUUCCACGUAGCUUCCAAGCAGGGACAGACUAAUAACAGGUGGUUUCAGAGGACAAAUGGUAGUAGCUGGAAGGAAAUUACUAGUGAUUCCAACUUUAGAAAUACGACGCCAGAUAAAGCUAAUAAAGAGGUUAGGGUGCAGUUCACAGAACUUACCAAGAGCUUAGGCGUAACACCAUGCAGCGCUCCUGGUACAGUCCAAUUGGACGUUACUAAGGUUCCAUCUCCUGGAAAGAAUGAGACAGUAUACUUUUAUGGUAACACUCCAAUACUUGUUAAGAAGGUAGUUAGUAAUGAUCUCCCUAAUGUAUUCCUGAAAUAUUCUCAUACACCUCCAGGUGAUGGCGAGUUUACAGUAAGUACUGCACUCAUUGGUGGAAGUCAGAUAGGAACCAUGACUCAUAGGAAGGUUCAAGGUUUUUUCGUCUACUUCUGGACUGGGAAUGAUAACUUACCGAUCCUAGUUGGAAUUAAAAAGAGUAGUUGGCAGGAUGGUAGUGAUCAACCAAAGUACUAUAGCAAGGGCAAUAGUGGAUAUAGUCACAUUUGGACCCCUACUUGGGUAUCUGGUAUGAGUGAAGUACAAGCACUUGACGAUCAAAAUUGUAGUUUCAAUGGUGCAAUUCCAGUUAAUCUAAAUAAUCCUACAAAUCCAGAUCAGUUCCUUUCUAUUUCCAACAAAUCUAGCUGUCUAAAGAAUUAUAAAAAGAUCACACGUUCUACAUCUACAUCUUCUCCUCCAAACAGUGAUUACACCGUUCAAGAAUACAAUGUUAGCGGGGGAUACACCCAAAUUUCCAGAGUAACUUAUGAUGGAAGAGAUACUACCGGAAUCACUCUUCCAAAAGAUUAUACAGUCUCAAGAAUUAGAGUGUAUUCUUACCCAGGAAAUCCAGGUCCUCCAGAGAUUCCUCUCAUGCUCCAGUUUAUACCAAAAGGUAAUGGAGAGUCAAAGUGGUUUGAGAGUAAUAAUACAAGUGGAACUGAUUGGGGAACAGUUAAUGUAACUGCUGGAUUCUACAAUGAAACUGGAAACCAGCCUACUGAGAAGCUUACAACUGAACUUGAUGAGAUAGCAUGUUCCAUAGGUAUAGGUGUUACUAUGGAUAUAUCUUUUAGGAAUUCUGUUCAAGAUGCCAGCCAUAAGAAUAGAUAUUGUUGCCGUUACCAUAGUGACGAUAUGCAGAAAAUUUCUGUUGAGAAAAAGAUCAUCCAAGUAAAUGAUAGAACGAUGGACUGCUACAGACAUCAAACCAAUUACGGAACUACACUUUCCGGUAUUAAAUAUUACGAAAAUAGUAAUACUAAUGCUGAUAGGAAGAGAAUAAAACUUGGUGACCUUACCUUUCCCAUAAAGGAUUCGGUAAAAAUCUACGCAUUAUACUGUGGAGGAAAUCCUGCACUAAUAUAUCUGGACUAUGAUGGACAACUCAAUGUUAAGGGGUGGUACAAAAGAACUCCUGGUGAUAGUCAACUAUGGAAUAAUCUCACUAGUGAACUCCCAGACCAAACACCAGAUAACAUAAAAAAAUGUGGUGACGAAUAUAACAAGCUUGUGACUGUACUAAAUGAGUUUCCUGGAUAUAAAGAUUUGCAAAAAUGCACUGAAAAUACCACUUCCCAAUCCUCAUCUCUAAAAGACACUGGAGCUCUUCCUGGACCUCAAGGACCUGGUGGUGAACUAGAACAAGGUGCUGGUACUGCUCAUGGCAAAGCGAAAAUUAAAGACUCUGAAGAAGUUGAUACCCAACCUAAAGGCCCUAAUCCUACUCUUGCUGAUGAAAAGAAUAAAAAAGAAUUGGGACAUAGAUCUGAAGGGGUGCAUAGAGUACUAGAUUUUGUUAGCGAUCUUUUUUCUGUUCUUAUAGGGCCUAAGGGUGAUAGAGCACAACCUAGAUCCUCUCUUGGACCCAGAGGACCUGCUUGUGAAACUGGUGGUCAAAAUCAUGAUAAAGGAGAAGCUGGUGAACCUCCUACCAGACCUCCUGUUCUUCUUCCUACUCCCAAAGAUACUCCUGAACCUAAUGAUCUCGCUCAGGAAGCUGCUACUCCUCAACUCCAAGAAAAUUCUAACUCUGGGUUGUCUCAACCACAAAAUGGUAAUGAUCAAUCUCCUGUAGAUAAUCAUCAACAAUCUGAUCUCCAAUCUCUCUCAGCCGAUAAUCAAUUUAGUAGAGGAGUUCCUGAUGCUCCUCCUGAAGUUAAACCUGCUUCUGAACCUUCUGCUGAUAAACAAGGUGUUCCUGAAACUUCUCAAACUAACUCUUCUGAUUGGGAAGUAAUUUUCGGGGGCUCUGCCACUGUAGUUUCUGGUUCUCUUACUGGACUUGUUUUGCAGGAUGGAAACUUUAUAAUCGCUAUAAAGGAGAUCCUUGGUUGGUAUAAUGGAGUACUAUCAUGGAUGGAUACUAUAGGAAAUUAUAAUCAGGCUAUAACCACAAUAUUUCGCAAAGUAAUAACGUCUCAUCUACCUAACGACAUUACAAACAUCUCCAAAAUUUACCUUAUACACCAAAACAUUAAAUAUUUAGGUCUUGGAUCAAUCUUGUUGGUCAAAGAGUCUGAAUGUCUUUUAAAGAGAUGGUGUGACUCUCAUCUUCCAGAGGUUUUUGUAGACUUUACUGGUAAAAAUCAAAAGAGUACCAUGAAAGUCGCAUUUUUGGACGUUGGCUUUGUCCACUCUACAUUUUUUGUUGCCGAAAUAUCUGAAUCUGACGGACAAUUUGAGCACAAGAUUCUAUCCGAGAAAGCAUCAGAUGAGAUUGGAACUUACCAGAUAAUCGAAACCAUUGGGGAUCACAUUUGUGAACUUACAGGGGAAAGUAUUAAAAUCCCAUCUAGACACUCAUUUUACAUUUUCAAAUCGAGUACAAAGGCACUAAAGGAACUUAGCGUACUCAAUGAUGUCAAGAUUGACGUUGAGCGUAUUUUGGCAGAUGACGAGGAUUUUACAACAACUCUCGCGAGAACAAAGUUGGAGGAACUCACCGCUCAUAUUCAGGAAAAGCUGCAAGCCAUGAUAGAGUCGGUGCUGCCGGAGUCUUUGGAUGAUUUGCUUGGGAUGGAGGUGCUGGGAGGAGGUUCCAGGAUCCCGUUUGUAAAGGCGGUAGCUGAAAAGGCGCUGGGGAAGCGUGGCUUUACAAGGCCCUUGAGGACGUCAAUGGACACAACUUCAGCCGUUGCAUAUGGCGCCACCAAGCUCGCUCUUUCCGGGACUCUCCCCUCGAUGGAAUCUCCACUUCCAGAUGAGUAUCGCCGGUUUUUGGACAGAGAAGCUCUGCUAAAGUCAAUAGAGGACGCAGAACUACAGAAACAGUCGCUACUAAACGAAAUUGACAACUACAUUAUCAAGACGAAAAACGAUGCUCAGGAGGACUACAAGGGCGUUUUGGACCUUGAAAAGGCGGAGCCUCUCCUGUAUGACCUGGAGAACUUUGCAAGUGAAGCCAUAAUGGACAAGACGAUCGACUGGCAGACCUGCAGUAAAAAACUGGAGGAGUGCAAAGCCAAAGUCGAACAGGAGUUCCCAGAGUACAUCAAACUCAAGGAGGAAAAGGAAAGACAACAUCAGGAAGAGGCCACAGAGAGCUCCAGCAUGCCAGAGGUCAACAUGGAUGUGACGCUCCCAAAUAGCGUCUGCAUCAAGAGAGCCAACAAGAACAAGGAAGAAGGCAACGUCCUCGUAUCCGCCGGAAACGUAGAACUGGCUGCACAGCAUUACAUCAGGGCCAUUCAGUACUGUUCAAAGGUCAGCAAUGUAACUGAAGAAGAACAAACGACGCUCUCUGAGCUCAAAAUGACCACAAACUUGAAUUUGGCCAUGUGCUACCUCAAGAUGGAGACCAAGACAAGCCUCAACAAAGUCGUCUCUUGCUGUUCAGUGGCACUCGACAUUCGACCAAAUCAUCCAAAGGCACUUUUUAGAAGGGCCCUGGCAUACGAGAAGCUUAAUGAACUCGAAAAGGCCAUCGGAGACGCUGAAUUUGGACUAACGGCACACCCAGACAAUACAGACCUGAAAAAUACUCUUAGUGGUACAUUAGAUUCACUGGUCAUCUUUGUACUGUACAAGAGGGAGGAGCUUGAAUCAGUAGUGUACAUAAGAAAAAGAGUAGGAUCAUGA